CACCCUUGGCUUCUCCUUUCUCGUUGGUCCUUGGUCGAAUGACUGGAGGUGACGUAGAGGGGAGGAGCUAUAUAGCAACUCUGCUGGGUGAAUCCUCUUGCACUUCCUGUAGGGGAGCAGUUAAUAUCCCACAAGUAAUGAUGACCCGUGGACUGAUCACACUACAGAAGAAAGGAAUUUAUCAGGCUAAAGACAGUGAUGACGAUGAGGAGAUUGUACACGUGGACCGAGACCACUUCAUGGAUGAAUUCUUUGAGCAGGUGGAAGAGAUCCGCGGCUGUAUUGAAAAACUGUCCGAGGAUGUGGAACAGGUGAAGAAGCAACACAGUACUAUCCUGGCAGCACCCAAUCCUGAUGAGAAAACCAAGCAGGAACUAGAAGACCUCACAGCCGACAUCAAGAAAACGGCCAACAAAGUUCGCUCUAAGUUGAAAGCUAUUGAACAGAGCAUUGAGCAAGAGGAGGGACAGAACCGCUCCUCAGCUGACCUGCGCAUUCGGAAAACCCAGCACUCAACUCUGUCCCGUAAAUUUGUGGAAGUGAUGACAGAGUACAAUGCAACGCAAUCUAAGUAUAGAGAUCGCUGCAAGGAUCGUAUCCAAAGACAGCUGGAAAUCACCGGUAGAACAACGACUAACGAGGAGCUGGAGGACAUGUUGGAGAGCGGAAAGCUGGCCAUAUUCACAGAUGACAUUAAGAUGGACUCUCAAAUGACCAAACAAGCUCUGAAUGAAAUCGAGACACGACACAACGAGAUCAUUAAAUUAGAGAGCAGCAUCCGGGAGCUGCAUGAUAUGUUUGUAGAUAUGGCAAUGCUUGUGGAGAGCCAGGGAGAAAUGAUUGACCGUAUUGAGUAUAAUGUGGAACAUUCAGUGGAUUAUGUGGAGAGAGCUGUAUCUGAUACCAAGAAAGCAGUCAAAUACCAGAGCAAGGCGAGAAGGAAGAAGAUUAUGAUCAUCAUUUGUUGUGUUGUUCUGGGUGUGAUCUUGGCUUCCUCUAUCGGAGGGACACUGGGACUCUGAAAAAAAAACAAAAAAAUAUAUGAUGCAGAUUUAAAGAGGAAAGAAAUAGCGUAUCACAAAAAUGGAAGAACAAACAAAGAAAUUAUAAUAAUAGUAUAUUGUACAUGAAAAGUAAUGGGAUUUAUUACAGCACAGCUGGGAUGGCUGGCAGCAUCUUAAUCCUUUUUUUUUGCCUCUGUGGGGUCUCUCAGGAGUUAGGUUAUCAUCAGCAGAUUUAAACCUACAGGGAGCUUAGUUGCCCCUGAGGACUGAAUGAACCCUUCUGCUGCUUUAGCAGCAGUGGGUUAACUGAUGUCAGCCUAAAGCCAAAGUUUCACCUGCCGACCCACAACUCCUGGGGGCAAAUUGGGUUAAAAAAAUAACCCAAUUAUUUGUUUUUUUUAUGUUGUUUAAUUUAUUUAUUUAUUUAUUUAUUUUUUAUUUUUAUUGUUUUCAUUUUUUCUUCCCGUCUGUCAAGGUUACAGAAAAAAAAACAAAAAUCAAAAAACAAAACAAAAUUGUAUUUGACAUUGCUGGACGUGUUUACAUGGGGACCCCCGGACUGACGGCGGUGGCGGAGGGUCCGGCCUGGCGCUUUACCUUGUCCAUUUUCUUGACUGGUGGCUGAGUGUGUAUCUGUUUCCUGCCAAAGUCUUGUGUGUGUGUUUUUUGCUCUAAUUCCUGCGUUUAUUUCUUAGAGGGAUGAGGUGAGAGACGCAGGGCUGGUGCAUAUCUAUUGGCUGUUAUAACAGCGACUGUGCUAGAAAAGCAGGAACCUGAUAGAAACUUGGGGUGAAUCCUCUAAAAAAAAAAAAAAAAAGGCAUGCUGGCAAAAUAAGCUGCUGUUAGCCUCACCUUGGUCUUAUUGAGCAGUGUGAGUUUUAUUCUGUAUAUGGGUGUAUUGUGUAUUCUGCAUCAGCAGAAUACAGUACAGACUGGGGCACAAUGGCAUCUCGUGUCUUAAAAUAUCUCUCAUUUGAACUGUUACUAAGUAAUGCUAUGAAUAUGUUUCUUGCCAAAGUUUUAUUUAUGUUAAUAUAUUUAAAUGUUUCCAUUUUUAUCUAUCAUAUCCUAUUUAUAGUUGUCUACUCUGUGUGUGUUUGAUUGUCCGUGUCUAUCUGUCUGUUUGUUCAUUUCCCAUUGAGCACAACAUAUUAAGGCAGGGAAAGAGUUAACGAUUUGUAGGUUUCCAGAUAAUUUUUCUACAUUGUAAUUUGUAGGAUUUUGCAGCCUCAGUUGCUGAACACAUGAAAUUAUUGCUAACAAUGUAUAUGCACUAGAUACAACUCCAAAUGCCCAAUAUAAUUGUUGUUAUAACCUGCUCCUAUUGCUCCAUAUAACUCUCCCAAUAACUCCUCCUAGAGCCCCAUAUAACCCUCCCUAUAACUCCUCCUACUCUACCAUAUAACCCUUCCUAUAACUCCUCCUACUCUACCAUAUAACCCUCCCUAUAACUCCUCCUACUGUACCAUAUAACCCUCCGUAUAACACCUACUACUGCACCAUAUAACCCUCCGUAUAACACCUACUACUGCACCAAAUAACCCUUUUUAUAAAAACUCCUACUGUACCAUAUAACCCUCCGUAUAACACCUACUACUGCACCAAACAACUCUCCUUAUAAAAAACUCCUACUGCACCAUAUAACCCUCCCUAUAACUCCUCCUAUUGCACCAUAUAACCCUCCCUAUAACUCCUCCUAGUGUACCAUAUAACCCUGCCUAUAAAUCCUCCUAUUGUAUUAUUAUUAUUAUUAUUAUUCUUUAUUUAUAAAGCGCCGACAGAUUCCGCAGCGCUGCCCAUGGGUACAAGGAUAACAGUACAGUGGAGAAACAAUACGAUAAGACACACAAUUUUACAGACUGUACCAUAUAACCCUGCCUAUAAAUCCUCGCACUGUACCAUAUAACCCUCCCUAUAACACCUCCUACUGCGCCAUAUAACCCUUCCUAUAAGUCAUUAUAUUUCUCUAUAAAAACCCUCCUUCAAACACCUAUUGCUCCAUAUAACCCUCCGUAUAAUUCCUACUAUUGCUCCAUAUAACCUUUCCUGUAUGUCCUCAUAUUUCUUCAUAUAACCCUCCAUAUAACUCCUUUUGUCCCCAUAUAACCCUCCCUAUAACUCCUCCUAUUGCCUCAUAGAACUCUCCUUAUAACUCUCCUAUUGCUUCAUAUAACCCUCCUUAUAACUCCUCAUAUUGCAUCAUAUACCCUCCCUAUAACUCCUCCUAUUGCUUCAUAUAACCCUCCUUAUAACUCCUCCUAUUGCACCAUAUAACCCUCCUUAUAACUCCUCAUAUUGCAUCAUAUACCCUCCCUAUAACUCCUCCUAUUGCUUCAUAUAACCCUCCCUAUAACUCCUCCUAUUGCUUCAUAUAACCCUCCUUAUAACUCCUCCUAUUGCACCAUAUAACCCUCCUUAUAACUCCUCCUAUUGCUUCAUAUAACCCUCCCUAUAACUCCUCCUAUUGCUUCAUAUAACCCUCCUUAUAACUCCUCCUAUUGCUUCAUAUAACCCUCCCUAUAACUCCUCCUAUUGCUUCAUAUAACCCUCCUUAUAACUCCUCAUAUUGCAUCAUAUACCCUCCCUAUAACUCCUCCUAUUGCUUCAUAUAACCCUCCCUAUAACUCCUCCUAUUGCUACAUAUAACCCUCCCUGUAUAACUCCUCCUAUUGCUUCAUAUAACCCUCCCUAUAACUCCUCCUAUUGCUUCAUAUAACCCUCCCUAUAACUCCUCCUAUUGCUUCAUAUAACCCUCCCUAUAACUCCUCCUAUUGCACCAUAUAACCCUCCUUAUAACUCCUUAUAUUGCAUCAUAUAACCCUCCUUAUAACUCCUCCUAUUGCACCAUAUAACCCUCCUUAUAACUCAUCCUAUUGCUUCAUAUAACCCUCCUUAUAACUCCUCCUAUUGCAUCAUAUAACCCUCCCUAUAACUCCUCCUAUUGCUUCAUAUAACCCUCCUUAUAACUCCUCCUAUUGCAUCAUAUAACCCUCCCUGUAUAACUCCUCAUAUUGCAUCAUAUAGCCCUCCCUAUAACUCCUCCUAUUGCUUCAUAUAACCCUCCCUAUAACUCCUCCUAUUGCUUCAUAUAACCCUCCUUAUAACUCCUCCUAUUGCUUCAUAUAACCCUCCCUGUAUAACUCCUCAUAUUGCAUCAUAUACCCUCCCUAUAACUCCUCCUAUUGCUUCAUAUAACCCUCCCUGUAUAACUCCUCAUAUUGCAUCAUAUACCCUCCCUAUAACUCCUCCUAUUGCUUCAUAUAACCCUCCCUGUAUAACUCCCUUAUUACUAAAUUUAAUCCUGUCAAAAUGUAUAAUGGUGCCCUUUAAAUCUGUAUAUUGUCCCCUAUAAAUGCUUAUUUCCUCCAAUCUUUUAUCAUAUCUUUUGAGCACUGAAUGUUCUGACUGUUACCCUUUAACUCAGCCUAUUCUCCCUUCAUUCUCUCAUCUGCUAUUUGUUUACCUGUCUGGUGUGUCCCAUUAGAUGCUCAUCAUAUUAUAUUAUUAUAGUCAUUCAGAGAUCUGCCUUAGUGCUUCACAUCGUCUGUGUUUGCUUUCUGGCUUCUCUUUG